AUGGAGGUCCUGAGAGAGAAAGUAGAGGAGGAGGAGGCAGCUGAGCGUGAGGAAGCCGCUGAACGGGCAGAAUGGGCUGAAAAGAUGGAGAAGAUGAUGAAGACGGCCGAAGUGAGCAGAGAAGAAUCCGUCCUGACACAGGAUGAGCUUCGAGACCUGGAGAAGAAGCUAACGGCCAUUGAGAUCCCCACCCCAGCCGAGUACUCGAUCAUAAACAAGGCCCUCAUUGAUGUCACCAAGCUGCCUGCUUCCUACACUAGCAACUCACCCAAGGAGGAGCACCUGCUGCAAGUGGCGGACAACUUCUCCCGCCAGUACAGCCACCUGUGCCCAGACCGCGUGCCUCUCUUCUUGUACCCGCUAAAUGAGUGCAAUGUGCCUAAGUUCGUGAGCACCACCCUGAGGCCGACAUUGAUGCCCUACCCCGAUCUCUACAACUGGGAUACCUGCGCCCAGUUUGUGUCCGACUUCCUCACCAUGGUUCCCCUGGUUGAUCCACUCAAGCCGCCCACACACCUGUAUUCCUCGACCACGGUGCUCAAGUGCCAGAAGGGGAACUGCUUCGACUUCAGCACCCUGCUCUGCUCCAUGCUCAUCGGCUCCGGUUACGACGCCUACUGCGUCAAUGGCUACGGCUCCCUGGACCUCUGCCUCAUGGACCUGACAAGAGAAGUGUGCCCGCUCACCGUAAAGGCCAAAGAGACAGUCAAGAAGAAAGAGAAGGCAAUGCCUAAGAAGUACGCUGUCAAGCCACCACGGGACCUGACCAGCAGGUUUGAGCAGGAGCAGGAGGAAAAGAGACUACAGAAGAUCAGGAAUAUGGAAGAGAAGCAGCGCAAGGAGGAGGAAGAGCGCCUCUUGGAGGAAGAGAAGGCGAAGCCCGACCCCCUGCAUGGACUGCGCGUGCACGCCUGGGUCCUGGUGCUGGCCGGGAAGCGCGAGGUGCCCGAGAGCUUCUUCAUUGACCCGCUGACAGCGCGCAGCUACAGCACCAAGGACGACCACUUCUUGGGCAUUGAGAGCCUCUGGAACCACAAGAACUACUGGAUCAACAUGCAGGACUGUUGGAACUGCUGCAAGGACUUGAUCUUCGACCUGGGAGACCCUGUGAAAUGGGAGUAUAUGCUCUUGGGGACCGAUAAGCCGCACCUGUCCUUGACUGAGGAGGAUGACGAAGGCCUGGACGAUGAUGACGAUGUAGACGAAUUGGCCAAAGAGGAGGAAGAGAAGAGCUUCGACAUGCCGCCUUCAUGGGUCUCCCAGAUUGAGAUCACACCUGAAGAGUUUGAGACCCGCUGCCCCAAUGGAAAGAAAGUGAUCCAGUACAAGAAGGCCCAGCUGGAGAAGUGGGCUCCAUACCUCAACAAGAACGGCCUGGUGUGCCGCCUCACCAUCUACGAAGACAUACAGUGCACGAAGGUUCUGGAGAUAAAGGAGUGGUACCAGAACCGCGAGGACAUGCUGGAGCUGAAGCAUAUAAACAAGACCACGGGCCUGAACGUGGACUACUUCAAGCCGGGCCAUCCCCAAGCUCUGCGUGUGCACUCCUACAAGACUAUGCUGCCCGAGAUGGACCGUGUCAUGGAGUUCUAUGAAAUGAUCCGUGUCGAUGGCCUGAUAAAGCGGGAGGAGACGCCCAUGACCAUGACAGAAUGCUAUCAAGGGCGCUCAGACUUCCUCUCCUACCGCCACAUCAAUUUUGGACCCAGAAUCAAGAAGCUCACCCAGAACAGCGCAGAGUCCAACCCCAGGCCCAUGGUGAAAAUCACGGAGCGGUUCUUACGCAAUCCAGCGAAGCCUGCGGAUGAGGAUGUGGCAGAGCGUGUGUUUCUGAUGCUGGAGGAGCGCAUUCAGCUUCGUUACCACUGCCGCGACGACUACAUCACCGCAUCCAAGCGAGAGUUCCUGCGGCGCACGGAGGUGGACAGCAAAGGCAACAAGAUCAUCAUGACCCCGGACAUGUGCAUCAGCUUCGAGGUGGAGCCCAUGGAGCACACCAAGAAACUUCUCUACCAGUAUGAGACCUUGAUUCAACUGAAGAAUGAAGAGAAGCUGUCCCGGCAUCAGGCCUGGGAGUCGGAGCUGGAGGUGCUGGAGAUCCUGAAGCUCAGGGAAGAGGAGGAGGAGGCACAUACGCUAAGCAUCUCCAUCUACGACACCAAGCGCAACGAGAAGAGCAAAGAGUAUCGGGAGGCCAUGGAGCGUGUCUUGCACGAGGAGCACCUGCGGCAAGUGGAGGCCCAGCUGGACUACCUGGCCCCGUUCCUGGCACAACUCCCUCCAGGCGAGAAGCUCACGCGCUGGCAGGCUGUGCGUCUCAAGGACGAGUGUCUCAGCGACUUCAAGCAGCGCCUCAUCGACAAGGCUAAUCUCAUCCAGGCACGCUUUGAGAAGGAGACCCAGGAACUGCAGAAGAAGCAGCAAUGGUACCAGGAGAACCAGGUAACCCUGACAUCCGAGGAUGAGGACCUGUACCUCAGCUACUGCUCUCAGGCCAUGUUCCGAAUCCGCAUCUUGGAACAGAGACUCAAUCGGCACAAAGAGCUGGCUCCGCUGAAGUACUUGGCACUGGAGGAAAAGCUGUACAAGGACCCACGCUUGGUAGACUUCGUCAAAGGCUUUGUUUGAUGCCCCUCAUGGGACCAUGGCAAGAGCUGUCAGAGAAUGGAGUCCCGCCCUUCUCCCCAGCCACUGUGACCCCACACCAGCCUCACUGCCAUGCUACCUCCCUGGCCCUCAUAGUCUCCCUCAAAUAAACACACUCCUUAUUUGCUAUUUGUACUUCGGCACUCACAAGCUCCAAUCCCGUC